AUGAUGGGCUGCAAGACCAACUCGCUCACCUGCCUGCAAGGUGGGAAGCCGGGGCUCCCCGUGGCCAUGGCCACGGACUCCACGGCCACGCUCAACAAGCUGGCCCUGGCCACGGGGGGCACGGAGAAGUCCUGGUACCGCUGCGUCUUCCCAUUCGGCAUCGUCUCCCUGGUCAUCGGGGUGGCCGCCACGUGCAUCACCUUCACCAUCAACGGGCCGCAGAUGGACAUUGCCAAGGUGGUCUCCGUGGCCACCCUGGUCUUCGGGGUGGGCCUGCUGGUGGCCGCCUUGAUCUGCUGGCGGGCCAAGAGGGAGCGACAGCGCAAGAAGCAGCAGGGUGAGCCUGUGUCCCUGGAGCAGGGGGCCCUAUGA